AUGAAGACGGAUUUCCAGUUCUCCAAUCUGCUGGGCACCGUCUACAGUAGAGGCAACCUGCUAUUCACUCCCGACGGAACCUGUCUGCUUUCACCAGUUGGUAACCGCGUCACAGUCUUUGACCUGGUAAAUUCCAAGUCGUACACCCUACCAUUCGCACAUCGAAGAAACAUCGCCCGGCUCGCAUUAAACCCCCGCGGAAAUCUCCUGCUGUCAGUAGAUGAAGAUGGCCGUGCAAUCCUCACAAACGUGCCCCGCCGAAUUGUGCUCUACCAUUUCUCCCUCCGUGGAGAGGUGACGGCUCUCGCCUUUGCGCCAUCUGGGCGGCAUUUCGCGGUCGGCAUAGGACGACAAAUUGAAGUCUGGCACACACCGUCUACACCUGACGUCGCAGAAGGACAUCUCGAAUUUGCGCCCUUCGUGCGACAUCGGAUAUACACAGGACACUAUGACGCGGUGCAAAGCAUAGAGUGGUCGAGCGAUUCUCGAUUCUUCCUGAGCGCAUCUAAAGAUUUGACCGCACGGGUCUGGAGUAUAGACCAAGAGGAAGGCCAUGCGCAGACCACUUUGAGCGGACAUAGGCAGGCUAUUGUGGGCGCGUGGUUUUCAAAAGACCAGGAAACAAUAUACACAGUGAGCAAAGACGGGGCCCUCUUUGUGUGGAAGUACAUGCUGCGCUACAAUGCGCCCGAAGACGCAGAUGAGAAUGACGACGAGAAUUUGCAGUGGGGUAUCGCGGAGCGCCACUUCUUCAUGCAGAACAAUGCGCAUGUUACCUGCGCUGGUUUCCACCCAGAGUCGAAGCUACUUGUCACCGGUUUUUCCCAUGGUCUUUUCUUCAUCCAUGAGCUACCGGAUUUCGCUCAAGUUCAAAGUCUCAGCAUAUCGCAAAACGACAUUGACUACGUCGCUAUUAACAAAACUGGGGAGUGGCUCGCUUUCGGUGCGUCAAAGCUAGGACAACUGCUUGUAUGGGAGUGGCAAUCCGAAUCUUACGUCCUGAAGCAGCAGGGACACUUCGACUCCAUGAAUACGAUCGUGUACUCGCCAGAAGGCCAACGCAUCAUAACAGCCGCAGAUGAUGGGAAGAUCAAAGUCUGGGAUGUGAACACUGGCUUCUGCGUCGUUACAUUCACUGAGCACAUGAGUGGAGUUACGGCUAUCGAAUUUGCGAAGAGGGGAAAUGUCUUGUUCACAGCCAGUCUUGACGGCUCAAUAAGAGCUUGGGAUCUAAUCAGGUAUCGAAACUUCCGCACAUUCACAGCACCUUCAAGGCUGUCUUUCUCGUCCUUGGCCGUCGAUCCAAGCGGCGAGGUCGUAUGCGCAGGCUCCGUCGACUCUUUCGACAUUCACAUCUGGUCCGUUCAAACUGGCCAGCUACUCGAUCGACUGUCGGGUCACGAAGGGCCGGUGUCAUCACUAGCAUUCUCUCCAGACGCAAGCACCCUUGUCAGCGGAAGUUGGGACAAGACUGUUCGUGUCUGGAAUAUCUUCGCUCGCACACAGACUAGUGAGCCGCUACAGCUCAUGGCCGAUGUUCUUUGCGUUGCCUUCCGACCUGAUUCAAAGCAAAUAGCCGUGACAACCCUUGAUGGCCAGUUGACGUUUUGGUCCGUAUCUGACGCUGCGCAAGAGAACGGCGUCGACGCGCGACGAGACGUCUCAGGUGGUCGCAAAAUGUCGGACCGCCGAACAGCUGCCAACGUAGCAGGGACCAAGGCGUUCACAACCGUAAAGUACAGCGCAGACGGAACCUGCGUCCUAGCAGGCGGAAACAGCAAGUACAUUUGUCUCUACGAUGUGCAGGCGGGCACACUUCUGAAGAAGUUUACCGUUUCCGUCAAUCUGUCACUCGACGGAACCCAAGAAUUCCUAAAUAGCAAACUCCUCACCGCUGCUGGGCCUCAAGGCCUCAUCGAUGAUCAAGGCGAAGCAUCAGACCCAGAAGACCGACGCGACACCACACUUCCCGGAGCGCAAAAGGGAAUCGGUGCAAGACGAACACGGCCAGAAGUCCGUGUUCCCGCCGUAGCCUUUUCGCCAACCGGUCGCGCUUUCUGCGCUGCUUCCACAGAAGGCCUCCUCAUCUAUUCUCUUGAUACCACAUUCCAAUUCGAUCCCUUUGACCUCGACAUCAGUGUCACACCCAGCACUACGCUUUCCACUCUGGCACAGAAAGACUAUCUGAAAGCUUUAGUAAUGGCCUUCCGCCUCAACGAGCGAAACUUAGUCCGUCGCGUCUACGAAGCCACCCCCGUCUCCGACAUCCCCCUCGUUGUCAAAGGUCUUCCCUCUGUCUAUCUCGGCCGCCUCCUCCGUUUCGUUGCCUUGCAAGCCGAUGAAUCUCCCCAUCUCGAAUUCAACUUGGUCUGGAUUGAAUCGUUGCUUAGCAAGCAUGGUCGAUGGAUGAAGGACAACAAGAGUGGGUUAGAGGCAGAGCUGAGGAGUGUAGAGAAGGCAGUUAGGAGGAUCCAGGCUGAGCUUGCGCGAUUAGCAGAUCAGAAUAUCUACAGGAUUGAGUAUUUAUUAGCGCAGCCGACGGAGAAGAAAGAGCGGGCGACGCACUCUGACUUUGAGGUUAAGGCGAUUGAGAGUGGACUUGUGGACGAAAACAUGAUCGAUAGCAACGACGAUGGGGAUGACGACAAUGAUGGUUUGUGGCUAGGCUUCGAUUGA